AUGUCUAAGCCUGUUGACCAUAUCAAAAGACCCAUGAAUGCCUUCAUGGUGUGGUCCAGGGGGCAAAGGAGGAAGAUGGCCCAGGAAAAUCCUAAGAUGCACAAUUCGGAAAUUAGUAAAAGACUUGGGGCAGAAUGGAAACUUCUGUCUGAAGCCGAGAAAAGACCUUACAUAGACGAAGCUAAGAGGCUCAGGGCUCAACACAUGAAGGAACAUCCUGACUAUAAGUACAGACCAAGGCGCAAACCCAAGAACCUUUUAAAGAAAGACAGGUAUGUCUUUCCUUUACCCUACCUUGGAGAUCACGACCCACUUAAGACAGGACUUCCCAUGAGUGCCACUGAAUCCAUCCUCGGAGUUUCUGAGAAGGCAAGAGCCUUUUUACCACCAUCAGCACCUUAUUCUUUACUGGACCCAAGUCAAUUUAGCUCCUCCACCAUCCAGAAAAUGACAGAGAUGCCACACACCUUGACUACAAGCACUCUUCCUUAUGCCUCCACCCUGGGAUACCAAAACGGAGCUUUUGGUGGGUUAAGCUGCCCUAGCCAACACACUCACACCCACCCUUCUCCAACCAACCCUGGCUAUGUGGUGCCCUGUAAUUGUACAGCAUGGUCAACUUCUAACUUGCAACCUCCGGUUGCCUAUAUAUUGUUCCCUGGCAUGACUAAAGCUGGUUUAGACCCUUAUUCUUCUGCACAUGCCACAGCCAUGUAA